AUGCCUAAAAUAUUUAAACUCUCUGAUGCAACGUCCCACACUGGGACCACAGCCGUCCAUACCCCCACCAUCCAGAGUCACCAACGAGUUCACACUGGGGAGAAGUCAUUCACCUGCAAAGACUGUGGAAAGGGAUUCACUAAGUCAUCCAACCUAUUGGCACACCAGUACGUUCAUACUGGGGAGUGGCCAUUCACCUGCUCAGAAUGUGGGAAAGGAUGCACUCAGUCAUCUGAUCUGCUGGUACACCAGCGAGUUCAUACUGGGGAGAGGCCAUUCACCUGCUCAGACUGUGGGAAGGGAUUCAAUCAGUCAUCUCACCUACUGACACACCAGUCAGUUCACACUGGGGAGAGGCCAUUCACCUGCUCAGAAUGUGGGAAAGGAUGCACUCGGUCAUCCAACCUAAUGGUGCACCAGCGAGUUCACACUGGAGACAGGCCAUUCACCUGCUCAGACUGUGGAAAGGGAUUCACUCGGGCAUCUCACCUACUGACACACCAGCAAGUUCACACUGGGGAGAGGCCGUUCACCUGCUCAGACUGUGGGCAGGGAUUCACUCGGGCAUCUCACCUACUGAGACACCAGUCAGUUCACACUGGGGAGAGGCUGUUUACCUGCUCAGUCUGUGGGAAGGGAUUCACUCGGGCAUCUAAUCUGCUGGCACACCAGCGAGUUCACACUGGGGAGAGGCUGUUUACCUGCUCAUUCUGUGGGAAGAGAUUCACUCGGUCAUCCAACCUAAUGGUGCACCAGCGAGUUCAUACUGGAGACAGGCCAUUCACCUGCUCAGACUGUGGGAAGGCAUUCACACAUUCAUCCAACCUACAGAGACACCAGCAUGUUCACAGUGGGGAGAGGCCAUUCACCUGCUCAGACUGUGGGAAGGGAUUCACUCGGGCAUCUCACCUACUGAGACACCAGUCAGUUCACACUGGGUAGAGGCCAGUCACCUGCUCAGACUUUGGGAAGAGAUUCUCUCAGUCACCUCAACUGUAUGUGCAUCAUUCAGUUCAUACUGGGGAGAGGCCGGUCAAGUGCUGUGAAUGUGGGAAGAGAUUCACUUAGUAAUCUAACCUUGUGACAUAUUACCGGGUUCACACUUGGGAGAAAGUUUCAAUAAGCUGUA